GGGCGCGGCUGAACCUCUCUUUGCAAGAAGCCACGUUGCACCCGUGUUCCUGAGCUUGGGCGAGCCCAGAACGAUGGUCACAAUCGAGUCGGAAUCGGACUUCUACGACGUGUUUGAGAUCCUGGGGAAGGGCACCUUCGGGGAAGUGGUGAAGAGCUGGAAGCGCAGCACAGGCGAGAUGGUGGCCAUCAAGAUCCUGAAGAACGACUCCUACCGGAGCAGGAUCAUCAAGAAUGAGCUGAAGCUUCUGCAGACCAUGUCCGAGGUGGACUCGGAGGAGUCCCACAUCGUCCAGUUCCACGAGUUCUUCCACGACGAGCUCAAGUUCUACCUGGUCUUCGAGCUGCUGGAGCAAAACCUCUUUGACUUCCAGAAGGAGCACAACUUUUCCCCGCUGCCCGUCCGGCACAUCCGGACAGUGACCAUACAGGUGUUGAGGGCCCUGGCCAAGCUGAAGGAGCUCUCCAUCAUCCACGCGGACCUGAAGCCCGAAAACAUCAUGCUGGUGGACCAAGUCAGGUACCCUUUCCGAGUCAAGGUGAUCGACUUUGGCUCAGCCAGCAUCUUCAACGAGGUGCGCUACGUCAAAGAGCCCUACAUCCAGUCCCGCUUCUACCGGGCGCCCGAGAUCCUGCUGGGACUGCCCUUCUGCGAGAAGGUGGAUGUCUGGUCCUUGGGCUGUGUGAUGGCAGAGCUGCACCUGGGCUGGCCCCUCUACCCUGGCAACAACGAGUACGACCAGAUCCGGUACAUCUGUGAGACGCAGGGGAUGCCUAGGCCCGCCCUGCUCAACGCGGCCAGGAAGGCUCACCUUUUCUUCAAGAGGAGCCAGCACCCUGAGGUGGUCAACUCCUGGCAGCUGAAGACCCCGGCGGAGUACCUGGCAGACACCAAGGUGAAGUCAGUGGAGAGGAGGAAGUAUGUGCUCAAGUCCCUGGACCAGAUGGAGACGGUCAACGUCCACAGGAUGAUCUACCCGGACACGGAGGCUCUGGCCGAGUACUUUGACCUGCGCAGCAUGGUGGAGCUCAUCAAGCGCAUGCUGACCUGGGACUCACACGAGCGCAUCACGCCCAGCGCUGCCCUGAAGCACCCGUACGUCUCCACCCAGCCGCUGAAGCAGAACUACGACCUUACGCAGUACUACCAGUUCUGCCUGCGCAGCCUCCACGAGUCGCUGCCCAGCCACAGCAAGACCGAGGAGGAGGCGCAGCUCUACAGCGCCAUGGAAGAAGAGCGUUUCUACUCGGUGCGCGACAGUUUCCAGGAGGAGAACAGUGCCCACGGCAUCCAGAGGACCACCAGCCAGAUGGAUGACCUCAGCAUCGCCGAGGCCGGCCAGGAGGCACCCCUGAAGGUGUGGGGAGAAGGGCCCAGCGGGGGGCUGUAUGAGCCGACCCACCCCGGGCCCCCGGAGGCGGCAUCCGGCCGGCGCAAGCCUGUCCUGCAGAGCCUACGCUUGCGCCAGGAGCAACCGCAGCAAGAGCCCAUCCCGGCCUACUACCGGAACCGCCGCGGCAGCCCCCGGCACCGCAAGGCGUCCCACCAUGCCAAGCCAGACCCCACCUUCGAGAACCUGAUCCUGCUGGGGCAGUACUCCCCUGAGGAGCCCCCCACGUGGGAGAAGGAAAGCAACGCCAGCACAGCCUCCCUGCCAGAGUCCAACGCCAGGGAAGACCCCGGCUACCCCAGGGGCUUGAUGCUUUCGCCCACCACUCAGGUAACGAGGGCUGGGGAGAAGGGGCCACAGCAGGGCGGGGGGACUGACCUGCUGGGGUCUCGGAGGAGCCGUGAGCCCAAAAGUUGAGGCAAUGGAUGGGUCUCGGCUGAAGAUGGGUCUUGGGGAAGAGUCAUGGGUCAAAGCAGGGCAUCUGCGUUGCAGGUUCAACCGCCGAAAGCAGCUCUGGGUAGGGCUGGGAGAAUCAUAGAAUUGUAGAGUUGGAAGGGACCCGAGGGUCGUCUAGUCCAGCCUGCUGCAAUGCAAGAAUCUCACCCAUGACAGAUGGCCACCCAACUUCUGGUUAAAAGCCUCCAAGGAAGAGGAGUGUCCACCACCUCUCAUGGGGGUCCGUUCCACUGUUGAGAGCCAACCCUAGAGGGCUAUUGCUGCUGGUCCGUGUGGACAAUACUGAUUAAGAUACGCCAAAAUGGCCUGACUCAGUAUACAGCUGUGUUCCUCUUCCUGUGUACCAAAGUAAGAGCCCAAGGCGUGUCCUCAAGUGUUGGAACUGGGCCACCACCAAGCCUCUGGAGCAACUUCUGCAGUGGGCUGAGCCAGGAGAGGGUGCACCUGUGAAGGAGGAAGGAAGGGUCUCCAAGGAUCCAGAAGGUGCUGGAAGGUCCCUUGGAAACUCUGGCAAUACUUUAGUUACCAGGGUUAGGCUCCCUUUCCCUCCACCCAGAUAGAAAAAUCGGCUGCCCACCUGCUCUCAGACCAACCGUGACUCCUUUUGCCCCCUGUAUUGCUUUGUUGCUUUCCACACAUGCCCCCUUGGUUCCACGAACUUGUCCCUAGUGCCCCCUACCCCACCUGAUUAGAAGCAUUAUUCAGACCAGCGCUUGGUAUGACCCCCAGAUAAAUUAUAAACAUUCACAAUUUAUUCAAAAGCCACUUACAACUAUUUAGCUGAAUUAAUUCAUCAAAACUUUUUAACUUGGUCCAGAGAUGCCUGGUUUUCAAAAUCUGACAGUCCUUUGGCAAGAGUCUUGGGUACCACAUUCAGCAAAUUCAGUAAAUUCCUAACACGAUGGAUGGAUGAUACCAGUGUCUGGUUUAAAGACCCUUAGCAGGAGCCGUAAAUCACCACCCCCAGCACCUCCCUGACACCCACUUGCCUCUUAGCACCCCCACUAGGUAAUUCCACUGUCUCCCCAGAGGGUGGGACCACUCCCUUCCUCUGGGAAUUGUUGGUCUAGAUCAGUGUUUCUCAACCCUGGGUCCCCAGAUGUUGUUGCACUACAACUCCCAUCAUCCCUGACCUCUGGCCUUGCUAGCUAGGGAUGAUGGGAGUUGUAGUUCAACAACAUCUGGGGACCCAAGGUUGAGAAAGGCUGGUCUAGAUCUUUCCUGCCUUCCAGACAAGCUUGAGCCAGGAGGAACCUAACAUUAAAAGGCCAGGGUGAAGGAAGAGCACCAUCAAAGUCAGGGUGGUUUGAAGGUGCAGGGGUCCCUUCCCUCAAGGUCUGCUGCCUUACAGGGAAUCCUUUCACAGCAUGUGAAGAGCAAGGUAAGGGGGCAGGAGCUUUUCAGAGCUUGGUUGUCAAGAGUUGCUCCCCAUAGAAACAACUUGCCAGCCGCUUGCAGGCCUCUGACCUCCCCCUCCCGCCCCAAAUGCAAUGGGGCAAGGGGCAUUCCCAGCCUGCCUCCCCUUUCUGCCUGGCACAUGGUGACUGCAGCACAGACAUGCUCCUUGCCAACCUGCCAGGGCCACGGCUUCACUCGCCUUGCUGCAGUUUUGGCUUGGAGGCCAGUGCUACCUGACAGCAGCUGGUCGGAAGCCUGGAAGUGAGGGUUUGGUGCCAAGAGCCAGGGGUGGCGUUGUGGUUAGAGUGUUGGGCUAGGACCUGGGAGAAACCAGGGCUCAAAUCCCACCCCCCACAACUCGGCCAUGCUGCUGAUCUGGAGCCAGGCACUGUCUCUCUCCGCCUUGCAGAGUUGUGGUGGAGAUUAAAUGGAGGGGAGAAGGAUGAACAUCACAUUGAGCUCCCUGGAGGAAAGAUGGGCUAUUAAAAUGAGUGAACGAGGCUUGGAGGUAAACGGCUGAGAAAAUUAUGUGAAGGUGGAAAUAUAUGGGGGUGUGGUGGGGAGUGAAGCCUAACACCAAAAUAUUCAGCAGGGAAAAGCAGAAUUUCUCCAUCUCUCGAUGAUGGUGAAAAGGACACAGAUGUCCUAUUAUCACAAAAUCCAGGUGAGAUUCAGGUCACAGCGCCAGGUGUGGGGUGAAACCAUCCCACCUACUCCAGUGAACCAGUGGGUCUUGUGGGGAGAGAAUUUUGUGCUGCAGCAGCGAAAGAGGCAAAGCCCAUCCUCUGGGAAGAGAUGCAGAGCGAAACAAGUAUCUCGCUGCUGUGAGCUGCGCAUGGGCAUAGGCACAUCAGGAAACGGGUUGCAGUUCCGACGGCCCCACUUCCCAGUGGGUAUAGCAGGGCUGGGGAAAAGGGCCAACUGCCUUACUCCCCACCUCCAAAAAAGGGACAGAUAAACCAACAGGUGUGAUAAGGUGGGGGAGUCUGUAAUAGGGGAUAAUACGAGAAAAGGUUAGGGAGGAGUGAGAGAAUAUUAUUAUUAUAGAAAGGUCGCAGUGCUUGGGACUUAAAUUUAGAGAAAACGUAAGUGAAAGAAGCUUCUAAAACUAUUCAUGCUAUGGGGAAAAUUCAUAAUGCUCGAUAGAGCUCCCAGGCAGAUAGCCACUGGUCAGGGAUUCUGUAGCUAUGAUUCCAGCACUGCAGCGGGUUGGACUAGAGGACCCCUGGGGUACCCCUUCUAUAUAGCUAUUAUCUCCAAUCACCUAGAGCUACUGCUUCACAAGUGCCCUGAAACAUAUCCCCCUCCCUGCUGACCACCAGGGCUGCUUGCACCAUGAAUGCAGAACGAAACACAGAACCACAGAGCUGGAAGGGACCCCCAUAGCCACCUAGCCUGCAGGGAACCGGGGGCUGGUGUUGGGACGUGGGUCCAGUAAUGCAGUGCCGUCUUUCUCUUUGGCAGAGAGCGCAGCCAGAGGUGUACGAGCCAGCCGCCCAGCUGCCUGGGCCCCCCAGCUGGCUGCCGAAGGAGAACUGGCUGGCAGAGCAUGGCAUGGAGCGGGGCCCCCUCAAGGCAGUGCUGCAUGCUUCCCGGAACCGCCACCAGCUGCAGCCGUAUCUGCAACACAUCGCCAGCCACCACUGACCCCGCGGGCCCUCCCCACCCCCCCACCCCGGAAGAGGGCAGGCGCAGCAGAGAGAUGGCCCCAGCCGGGGGCCUUCAAAACAGAUUCCUUUGUAGCCACUAAAUAUAUAGACUGUUCCUCGCUGCCCAAAGCUACUUGCUUUAAUAAAAGCCACCUUACUCUUACUGAACUAUGCGGAGCCCUGAUGGCAGUGCGACAAGGUGCACCAGGCUGGAUGGGGCGGAGGGGGGGGGGAAGUCCCCUCUAUUCCAGAGCAAAAAAAGGCCUGCCAGUCUGUCUUGGCAAACUGCAGCCUGCCCCCCCCCACCGCCUCUAUCCUCCCAGCAGCGCCAGAUGCACACAAACACACUUGACCACAGCAAUAAUAAACUCUUUAUCCAAUUGCAGAA